CCUUUCAGUUUCUGCAUCCAUUUCUGCAUUCUGAACUGUCUGGUACUAAUAGCUUCAGUGAGGAGGUUAGUCUGUUUUAGGUCGCCUCUCUUGAGUGUAAACUGUACUGAUGGGAGGGAAAACUGAGACCCACUGCUCCGUGGUUGGGAGGAAGGAGAAACUAACAAGAAACUGGAGACAAAGCUAAAGUUUGAAAGACCUGCUGCAGGUCAGUCUUCCUGGGAACAGGUGCGUUUCGGAGAAAGACUUGAUGGGAUUUUGAAAAGGGAUAGGAGAGCUGGAAGGAGUGAUUCUUCCUUGGACUGCAACAAGUGAAAGGCCAAAAGGAGCCUAGGCUAGGGAUGCUGGGAAGUCCGAAAGGUAAAGAUCAUGGUAAUUGAACAUUCAUUCUCUUCCACAGAAACCAUCCAAUUCCUAAAUGAGGCAAAGGCGCUUUAGGCAUGCCUACAUCGAUUUCUGUCUCUUAAAAGUUUCGGAAUUAGAACGGGGUCACACGUCCAGGGCCUCAAAAAAGGCUGAAAUCCUAGUUGUUCACAGAAAGACUCGAAGGUCUUCCGGCCAGUUUGUGGAGUUGGUGACAGGUCUGGUCACCUGCACAGCGGACCCCGCGUGGGUUUAGAGGAGCUGGCGUCCUUGCCCUCCCAGGCCUUUUACACUCUCCUCCCCCGGGGCCCGCCAACUCUCCUGGGUACAAAGUACAGCAGGGACGCAGGCGGAGCCUUUCCAAGCGGCGCAGCCAUAUCUUUCCCCACUGAACACCUAGAUGGAUUUCCAAUACCGCGCCUGGCACGUUCGGGAGGGAGCCUCAGGCUCCUUCCGAGCUCCCAGCCGCGCGUCCUCCUUUCUGCAGUCUAUAUUCGUCUGGGAGACGCAAGGGGCUCUGGGCACCACAAGCCUUAUUAAGAGAUUCGCAAUGGUUUACUCAGGCCCCUAAACCGCUCCCGCCUGCGAAGAGCAGCCUGCGGUGUUGUAACGCAGAAGCUCCUAACGCAAGGUUUUUGCGCUUCCUCCUCCUAACACCGCUCAGGGUCAGUUUCAGCGACUCUAAGAGUAUCUGCGUGGGCGCCUGUGCUGGGGUCCCGCCCAAAGAAAGGAGUUGGACCGCGCGAAGAACGUCACCGUGCUACCAGACCGCACAGGCACUUUGCACGGGCCAUCUCCGCGUCGGUCUGGGAGUAGCGCGCCCUGGCCCCAGCCCGGGCAGCUGCGGCGAAGGCGGCGGCAGCAGGGGCCCCGGGGCCGGCGCUGCGGGCGGCAUGGAGGAGCCGGGGCGAAAUGCGUCCCAGAACGGGACCUUGAGCGAGGGCCAGGGCAGCGCCAUCCUCAUCUCUUUUAUCUACUCCGUGGUGUGCCUGGUGGGGCUGUGUGGUAACUCCAUGGUCAUCUACGUGAUCCUGCGCUACGCCAAAAUGAAGACGGCCACCAACAUCUACAUCCUGAACCUGGCCAUCGCCGAUGAGCUGCUCAUGCUCAGUGUGCCAUUUCUGGUCACCUCCACGUUGCUUCGCCACUGGCCCUUCGGCGCGCUGCUCUGCCGCCUCGUGCUCAGCGUGGACGCAGUCAACAUGUUCACCAGCAUCUACUGUCUGACUGUCCUUAGCGUGGAUCGGUACGUGGCCGUGGUGCACCCCAUCAAGGCAGCACGCUACCGCCGGCCCACUGUGGCCAAGGUGGUGAAUCUGGGCGUGUGGGUGCUAUCGCUGCUUGUCAUUCUGCCCAUCGUGGUCUUUUCGCGCACGGCGGCCAACAGUGAUGGCACGGUGGCCUGCAACAUGCUCAUGCCUGAGCCCGCUCAGCGCUGGCUAGUGGGCUUCGUGUUGUACACGUUUCUCAUGGGCUUCUUGCUGCCCGUCGGGGCCAUCUGCCUGUGCUACGUGCUCAUCAUCGCCAAAAUGCGCAUGGUGGCCCUCAAGGCCGGCUGGCAGCAGCGCAAGCGCUCGGAGCGCAAGAUCACCCUGAUGGUGAUGAUGGUGGUGAUGGUAUUUGUCAUCUGCUGGAUGCCUUUUUAUGUAGUGCAGUUGGUCAACGUGUUUGCAGAGCAGGACGACGCCACGGUUAGCCAGCUGUCGGUCAUCCUCGGCUACGCCAACAGCUGCGCCAAUCCCAUCCUCUAUGGCUUCCUUUCGGACAACUUCAAGCGCUCUUUCCAGCGCAUCCUGUGCCUCAGCUGGAUGGACAACGCCGCCGAGGAGCCUGUCGACUACUACGCCACGGCCCUCAAGAGUCGCGCUUACAGCGUGGAGGACUUCCAGCCGGAGAACCUGGAGUCUGGAGGCGGUGUGUUCCGUAAUGGCACCUGUGCAGAUCAUGAACUCAUAAACGUCGCCAACUCUGCCUGACCCUCAGCCCGGCCAGCCGUUAUUUUUGUUUGAGCUGAGCCACAGUUACCGCCACGGGUUUCCCACGGGAUGAGUCCCCAGCUCGCCCUCAGCCCCGCCCUGCCGCGCCCCUCCGCUAGCCAGAGUCUGCCUGGCGCCCCUAGCGGAGUCUAGAGAAUCACCGCUCUGUGUUUGCGCAUCCCCGUUUGACGGGAAGUAGGACUGGAGAAUGAACUAGGCAGUAGGUCUUUUUCUUCUUUCAGGUGGGGUUGUGCCCUUGCCCGAACCCCUUCGCCACUCCCUCUCCGCCCAGGGCGGAGCCAGGUGCUUAGUAAAAUCGGUCCCGCGCUUCGAACCCCGGGCAUUCUGUAGUCCCCAUCUAAACCCCACUUGGAGCAAAAAGGAACUGAGGACCAGGAGUUUUUUAGAAGAUUCCAGGGUUUGGCGGGGAAGGGAUUGUAACGGAAACCACCCUGUUUUCCGGCUCACAACCGGCGCUUUUGAUUUCCAAGACCAAGUGCUGGGCACUCCCAGGACACUGCUGGUCUGCCUUAGGCCGGGCGAGUCAGGGCGCACUUUCUGCGGGGCCGCCUGGGAGUCGAGGCUGCUGCCGCUACACUAGGAUUUCUCCCUCACCUAAGCUUCUGGAGGUGCAGAUGUAAGAGCAACAACAGACUCGGUUCCUGCCCCGGUUUCUGUCGAAGACCAGGCACCGGGGCCAGGACCUCCGUGGCGCCUUCUGAGCCUUGGCCAAUCCCGACCGCGUUGCUGCCGCCCGCCCGCCUGCAGGCUAAAGAGUGCGGCCUGCCUGGCCCCUGAAGGUUGCUGCCUUUCAAGUGGUGCCUAAUGAGUUAUUUUCUUGAUUAACAUGUUUGUUUAUUUAUUUGUGGUAUUUGAAAAUGUGUCUCUGCUUUUCUCUACUUGCCUAAUCCAGGGCCUUUUCUUCAGGACACUGGGGGUGGGGAUGGAGGUGACAGUGGGGGGGAAGCUCUCUCCCCAAGGCCCACUCAAAACCCGUCUUCUUUGUUCGGCCGUCUUUUCUUUUUGCUUAUGUUCAGUGAAGUUUGGAGAUUCUUUUAUACUUUUCUUAUGUAGUCUCUUGUUUGUCUUAUAAUAAUUAUCAUGAUGAUAAAUAAAUAGGUAACGUGGCUUAGCCUCCUCCCAUGCAGAGUGGAAUGUUCUGAAUUCCUUCCAACAUCACCGUAUGUAUGACUUUAUUUCUGCUUUUUACAUAUUAUGAAUAUUUAUCUUGCUCCAUUGUCAUGAGUCCUCGAGACAAUUGCCAAAUACAGCCACUAGCAGUGAGAGAUGCAAGGCUGCGGGAGCACUUUCAGAUGCGGGGCGUUCAAGCAGCACUCAGGUCUGGAGCUGAGAAAUCUGAUUCAGACAGAUUUUAAUCAGUGUUGAGAAUGUCCCUGGUUAGGCCCCUGCUUCUUCUAAGUUCCAGCAUAGGUGAUUCUAAUAUACGUUCUGGUUAACAUUGUCCCUUCUUUUUCACACACUGAAAGUAGAGUAAUUUGUGUCUGUGUUUAAUCUUACCAACUACAUUGGAAGCCUGAGCAGGGCAAGGACCAAUAAUUUUACUUCUUUGUAUUUCCUGUAUUGCUUUAGUAUGCUGGCAUGUACAUAGUAGGCACUAAAUACAUGUUUGUUGGCUGAUUGUUUAAGAAAGCCAGAGUGUAUUACAACCAUUGGGUGAUACUAAAUCUGGGGCUGUCAUGGACAUGAUACACAACGGUUGAAAUCACUAUGGAAAAAGAUGUUUUGUGUAAUAUUUGCUUCAAGAACAUUGUGCUUUCCUGAAAGCAGUAACCAAGAGUUAAAAAGUCUCUAAUGUUUUGUUUAAACUAAUGAACAAACAUAUGCUUUUGGUUAUACAUCAUAAAGUUUAGCUCUGUCCCUUAAUAAUAUAUAUUAUUACUACUUUGGAAAAUAGAUUUUUAAUGGUUAAGAACAAUGAAAUUUACAAAGCUAAAUCUUGAUCAUUAUCCUCUUUACAGGAUACAAAUCCAGUGCUCUUAACAUGUUACCAUCGUAAUAUUAAUGAAAUAAACAAAUAUAUUAUGUUGUUGCAA